UGAACCCCGGGAGUAUUUUACAGAAGUGUCUCCAUCACCAGGACCGGAACUGACCGUUAAUGGUUAUUCUUCUAACGGAGGAAGAGUUUAUUUGAGGCAAUUAAACUCCACUCGGGAUGACUGGUGAACAGAAGGACAUUCACCACUGAUGGCAGUGAUGGAGAACGAGACGUGGUCGCACCCUUCAUAUGUCCCCCAUUAUCUCCUCCAUGGAGACCCUUUCGCCUCGAGACUCUCCAAAGAGGCGGACAUCGUUGCAGCAUGUUACAUCUGCAUCAUAGGAAUCUUGUCUGCAACAGGAAAUGGCUAUGUCAUUUAUAUGACCAUCAAACGCAAGACCAAGUUGAAGCCUCCUGAGCUCAUGACUGUUAAUCUAGCCAUCUUCGACUUUGGCAUAUCAGUGACAGGAAAGCCCUUUUUCAUCGUAUCUAGUUUCUCCCACCGCUGGUUGUUCGGCUGGGAGGGCUGUCGUUUCUAUGGCUGGGCGGGCUUCUUCUUUGGUUGCGGGAGCCUCAUCACGAUGACCGUGGUCAGUCUGGACCGGUACUUCAAGAUCUGCCAUCUCAGAUACGGCACAUGGCUAAAACGCCACCACGUCUUCCUGUGCCUGGUCUUUGUGUGGGUGUAUGCAGCCUUCUGGGCCACCAUGCCCCUGAUCGGCUGGGGAAACUACGCCCCGGAGCCCUUCGGGACCUCCUGCACAUUGGACUGGUGGCUAGCACAGGCCUCCGUGUCCGGCCAGAGCUUCGUCUUGGCCAUCCUGUUUUUCUGUCUCAUCCUACCCACAGGCAUCAUCGUCUUCUCCUAUGUCAUGAUUAUCUUCAAGGUCAAGUCUUCUGCAAAGGAGAUUUCACAGCUUGACGCCCGCAUCACAAACGGCCACAACCUUGAGAUAAAACUCACAAAGGUGGCGAUGCUGAUCUGUGCAGGCUUCUUGAUAGCCUGGAUCCCUUAUGCAGUGGUGUCAGUGGUGUCAGCGUUUGGUGAGCCAGACUCGGUGCCCAUAUCCGUGUCCGUCAUUCCCACGCUGCUGGCCAAGUCCUCAGCCAUGUACAACCCCAUCAUCUACCAAGUUGUUGACCUGAAAAAUUCCUGCGUAAAAUCUUCCUGUUUUAAGGCCCUGAACAAACGCAGGCAUUUUAGAAAGUCAAGGUUCUACACCAUUUCUGGCUCAUUAAAGGACACUACACAAGCCAAAGAAGCUCACAUCGAGAUGUGAGACAGACACUUUAGACUGUGUAACCCUCUUACCUCUUCUACUUUGGACAGUUUGCCUUGUUCCUUGCCCUCUGUUCCCUACACUUACCCAUCACAUGCUGCCUGUCAC